GCUUUGCCGAGUGGAAGUGAGUGCGGCAGUGUGUACGCGAUAAAAAUUACUUUUAAUUGUGCACUUGCCAUUGUUGGACCCGAGCAGCUCCACCUGCACCACGUCGCAGCACCGCGGGCAACAAGUACAUCGUAAAGCUUCUUAAGUGUCUGCGCCAUAACAGCUUGGCACACACAAGAGAGCGCCCGCCCGCCCGCCACCGCAGCGACUCGACAGUACCAUUAUGAGUGAGUGAAAAGUCGUGUGCGAGCAUUGAUCCAUGAAUUAGUAACUUCAAACACACGCGACACACACACACACACACGCCCGAGCAGAAAAGCAGGUUUUCGUCGGUGCGCUGCCAACGAGAGCUCGCUCUGCACAGCCAGGACAAUAGGUGACAUCGAGUGAAUUUCAAUAAUCUGCGCGCCGAGCGAUGACGACGCUGGCGCGGCUCGUUUUGAUGACUGCAGCGGCCACCCUGCUCGCGUACGGCGGCCUGGCGCAAGCUCAAGGCCCCGUUGUUCAGGUGCAGGCCGUGGCCGGGGGCACUGCCCUGCUGCCCUGCGACAUCCUGCCGCCGCUGGCCAACGACACCGUGCUGCUCGUCAUCUGGUACAAGAACGAGAUGACGCCCAUUUACAGCUAUGACACGCGGGGCGCCCAGCCGGAACGACCGUCCCACUGGAAGGAAAAAGGCGUCUUGGCCGAGCGCGGAUUUUUCCGCGCCAAAACCGAGCCGGCCACGCUCAGUCUAGACAGCCUGGACGAACGCGACGAGGGCGAUUAUCGGUGCAGGGUGGACUUCAGGAAAUCGCCGACCAGAAACACCAAAGUCCGCCUCUCGGUGGCCGUUCAGCCCCAAAAACCCAACAUUGUCGACGAGCGAGGAAAGGAAGUGCAGAAUGUCGCCGGGCCGUACGAGGAGGGCGCCGAGCUGAAACUAACUUGCAUCGUCUCUGGUGGCAAACCCACGCCAAGCAUAAGAUGGUGGCGAGACGAUCAUCUCGUCGACUCGGUCGACGUCCAGAGCUCGUUCCCCAACGUGAAACAAAAUCAGCUUUACGUGCGGAGGCUGGAAAGGGCGGAUCUGCAUGCAACGUACACCUGCAAAGCCUCCAAUAACAACAUCAGUCAGCCCGUCUUCGCCAAAGUUUCCCUUGAAAUGCACUUUAAACCCAUUAGUGCCAGCAUUCUGAGCAGCAGUCAGCCGCUCUCCGCCGAGAGGAAGUACGAGUUGGUGUGCGAGGCCGUCGGCUCGAGGCCCCCUGCCAAGAUUUCCUGGUGGAAGGACAACAAAAAACUGGAAAAUUACACGGAAAAGGUGUCUGCGGACGGCAACAUGACAACCUCCACCCUGGAGUUCACCCCAACCAUGAUCGAUCACGAGAAAACUAUUACGUGUCGCGCUGAUAAUCCCCGCGUCCAGGCUGGGGUCGAAGAAGACACUUGGAAAUUAAACGUUUUUUAUGUGCCCGUCGUCAAACUGGCGCUGGGAUCGAGUCUCAACCCGGAGGACAUCGAGGAGGGCGACGACGUCUACUUCGAGUGCAAAGUCAACGCCAACCCGAUUGCCUACAAGGUGGUGUGGAAGCACAACGGUCAAGUGGUGGUUCACAACCAAAAGAGCGGCGUUAUAAUGAGCAACGGAGAUCUGGCUCUGCAGGGGGUGAAGAAGCAGCAGGCAGGAAAUUACACAUGCACGGCGAGCAACAUCGAGGGCGACGGCGAGAGCAACGUUGUCGAGCUGCGCGUCAUGUACAAGCCGAUCUGCAAGCCUGAGCAGAAGCGCGUGUACGGCGUGGCACGCAACGAGCAGGCGAGCGUGGUGUGCGAGGUGCUGGCGUACCCGCCCGCCGAGAAUUUCAAGUGGAGCUUCAACAACACGGCCGAAAUAUUCGACGUAGCCAAGCCCAAGUUCCAGACCGAGGACUCGCGAUCAACGCUCACUUAUAAGCCAAUUAGCGAGAUGGAUUACGGCACGGUUUUGUGUUCGGCUUCUAAUACCGCCGGCCUGCAGCAGGAACCGUGCGUUUUCCACAUCAUAGCCGCAGGCCACCCGGACACGCCAUACAACUGCAGCGUCGUCAACCAAACGAGCGACUCGGUGGAGGUCGAGUGUCUCGAGGGCUUCGACGGCGGCCAGCAGCAGUUCUUCCUCGUCGAGAUCUACGACCAGGCCUCUGGCAAACUGGUGCGGAACGUCACCAGUCCCUACCCGGUGUUCAACGUGCACGAGCUCGAACCGGGCCGCGCCCUCAAAAUGGUCAUCUACGCGGCCAACAACAAGGGCAAGAGCGAAACCACCACCAUUGAGGGAUUCACGCUCAAGGCCGCCGAAAAGCAAACAGGAAUGUCGACAGCGUUCGAGUUUGCUUCGAUUCUCGGGGUUCUGAUCAGCGUGUUGAUUUCGCUGUUCCUGGCCGCCGUGGUGGUGGUGGCGGCGCUGAGUCUGCGGUCACAGAACGCCAUGGGCCACUCGCUGGUGGAUCACCCGAUCAAAGAAAAGUCAAACAUCAACCUGCACGUGGAGGACCUUUACGAGAAGGACGACAAAAACCCUGAUGUGAUACCCUGCCCAAAAGACUCCGACUACCAAUUGGUGGCGUCAUUCCUGCCCAUCAGCAACACGUCACCAGACUCGAAUAUUUACUGCGCCGACGAGGCGGCGCUCAACGGCGAUCUCUACAAGCGCUGCAACAUCAACGGAAAUUUCACAUCCACACUUCUCAAGAACGAGAACGUGGCGUACGCGGAGUUGUUCCGACUUAACGGGGCCAACAGCACCUUCAAAGGCGUCGAGUGUGGAAGAACAGACACUGCAGCAGCGGGCGUCGACCAAAUCAAUUUCCCGCAGCCCCAGGACGGUGGGCAGCAGUCGCCGAUGGGCAUCCUCGAGAUGCCGCCGUCGCGCGAGAUCGUCACCGUGAAAACGCUGAACCAGCAGGAGAGCUGCGUCUAAACUGUGGUACAUACAAUGAGAGCGAGUGGGACGCUUUAAAGUGCAGUGCAUGCACCAGAAAGAAAGAAAGAAAGAAAAGGAUUUUAAGAGAAAAAUGAAUGUGUUUGAUCGACAUGUUUAUAUCAACUCGCUGGCUAUUUUUCUUAUUGGAUACCUAAAUAUAAGUUAAAGGCAUAAGAAUUAAGAAGAAAAAAACACUCAACCCACAUGAACUCGCACACACACGCGUUCAUGACUUUUUUAAUCUAAUCAAACCUCCUCAGUCUUUGUUCACCUUUCUAAACCUACCUCAUUGUGGCAAAAAAAGUUAAUUAUAUAAUAAGCGGCACUUUUCGGAUUUUAGUUUUUGUCCAGUCUCUCGGAAAGUGGUGUUGUUGUUGUUUUUUUGCGGUGGAAAAGGCGUAACUGAUUGUUUGAAUAUUAUUUUUUUUUUUCAAAGAAUUACAACGCACGCCAUUGCUUGGUACGAACGUCAACGCCGUUUCGCUUUUCCUUCACUUUUUAUCGGUCUCAAUUUUCAAGUUAACGUACAUAUCUCGACAUGUGUUAAAAGGGAGAAAGAGCGAAUUAUGAGAACAGUUUCACGCACCCUCCAUUAUAAAGCAAAAACUCGUAUCAAACUCAUAAUCUUACUAAUUUCCUUGUUUCAAAUCUUAAUUUCAUAAAGGGAUAAAUUUUUUAAAAUUGAUAAUAUCUUUGGGCAAAUAAAAUAUCACUGUCAGCAUUGAUUAUUUUCGUCUGGAUUUGGACAAAACAAAUCACAGCUAAAAUCUCUUACUCAAAGAAAUAAUAAAAAGCUAAUUUUUAAUAUCAAUUAAGCAAAAAUAAAGACUGAAAUAUUGCACAGAGUUUUCAUUAAACUGGAGUGUGUUGUGCACAUGACGAGGGCGUUGUGAUUCAUGGCGAAAAGUUGUUUACAUAUUUAAUGAUAUGUAUAGAGUGGGUGGAAAAUGGAAAAAUAACUUGCUAGCUGCGCGCGGUUUGUGUAAAAAUUUAUGCUGCUUUUAUUUACGUGCGCGCUCCCGAGAAAUAUCGAUUUUGCGCAGCGCGGGAAGUCAAUGGAGAGGUGAUGUGGUUUUUUAUUUUCCGCCGCCGCCGCGCCACCCGUCCGAGAGACACGGAAAAGCAGGAGGAAAAUAAUGUACUUGUAAUGAAAAAGAUGUGAUACUCCUUCUUUUCUCUCGAUAGAUGUACGCCCUCAUUAUCAGUGUGUGUGUCGCGAGCGCGUUAUUCCGUACACACACACACACACAACAGGGCUCUCUACUCUGCUCAUCAAAACUGCAAGACACAUACAUACUGUAUAGAACAAAAGCGAGAGCGAGUUUGUGUUUCUCUCUCUCUUGGCCGGAUUAUUAUUAUCCACUCCCGCUCUAAUCCAUUAUGCAUUCCAAUGGUCAUUGUAAAGAAACUACUACUGUUGCAUAUCUGCCUGAAUAUCAUUUUGUAAGUGUUUUUGCAUGUCAUGUUAUUACAUUCAAAUAUUACCAUAAUAUAUAUAUUAUAAAGAUAAACGAAAAAAAAAGAAAAAACACUAUCUCUACCAUUUACCAGGUGUAUAUUAAUUACUCUGUCAAUGUGCUGUGGCUACGAGAGAAAAAAGUUUGACAAGGCCGGCAGGAAAAUCCUUCUUCGCAACAUUUCAAUUCUGGGCCAACUCUCUAUCUCGUUAAUUCAUAAUUUUAAUCAAAAGAGAGUGUUUCUUUUUUAAAAAUGAAAAACUAUAUGCAAAUGUGACGGAGGAACUAGCAGAAGAGGAUAAUUUUUUAUGUGACGAUGAGGAGAAUUAUUAUUACGCUGCUGCUCUUUCACUCUCUCAAGACAGCUGGCAGUAAAACAAACACUCUCUUUCCUUCACUCUCUCUCUCUCUCUCUCUCUCUCUCUCUCUCCUCGCGCACGAGAGAGUCAGUUGGCUUGCUAUAUUGUUGUACAGCGAAAAUGUUUAUUAUGAUCUAGUGUUCCCCUCCAUCCCACUCGGUUGAAUUUUUUGCCCUCGCGAAUAACUACGCAUCAUAUCACGGCUCUUGUCUCGUUCGACGAAACAAUGGGCGGCUCCUUUGGACUACAUAAAGUUUGCUCACGAACGCCUGCCUAUAAAUUUCAAUAAUACCUGAUGGUAUUUUGUGAUCAGUGAAACAAUAGAGCUGUAUAAAUUAAUGGAAAUUGUUUUUUUUUUCAAAUUUUAUUAUGAAAUAACACAUUUUAUAAAAUACGAAGAUUCUUUUAUUUGGAACUAAAACAAGCUGAAUAAUUUUUAGAAAAAUGGCAGCCAAUUUUCUCUUUUUUUUUUAUUAAGAAAAUAAUUAUGAGAAAUACGAGCUGGAAAAUUCUGUUAUAAAAUAUUCUCCAAACCCAAUCAAUUUCUGCUUUUUUCGCACAUCCUUUGAAUUUUUUAUUAAUAAUUUCCGUCGUUUUCAUCCACAUUACGAGCCAUUUAAUUUUGCAGCACCUUGUGUUUUCAUAUUAGAUAUCGACCCGAGUAUAAUGGCGCUGGCGUCGCGAUGCACAGGUCUAUUGUUUCACACAAAUAGUGUCGCCUGACAACUCUAUGCAUAUCAUAAAACUCGCGGCGCUCUUUCUUUUCUUCUUUUUUCCUCUCGCCGCGUUUCCUUUGAAUAACAGAGCGAACAUUUCCUCCGCAAAUUGCAUAUUUAAAUUACAACUUUUAUACUCGGGGAAAGAUUAUUCCUGUGGAAGCAGCAGAAAGAGAGAGAGAGAUAGAAAGCGCAGCCCGAGCAGAUUUCGUGAUUUGAUUACACAAAGAUUUUCCAGCGGCAGCUGCGUUAUUAAAGGGGAGCGGGUUUUAAUUUCUGAAGAGCAGAGUCUGCGCGCGCGUUCUUUUCUCUGCAGGCGCCCAAGAAGCUUUAACAGGAAAUUAUCAAAGGAGCCGCGCCUACGCAUGUGUUCCGCAAUUUCGUUCCAGCUGUUGCGUCACGGAAUAAUACACUAGCUGUUCCGUGCGAAUUCUAACUAAGCAGCGCAAUAAUAAUAAUUAUGUACAUGAAUGUAGACGUGUUUAAAGGUUAAGUUGUUUGAACGUCUCAGCAUUCCGCCGUCGCUUAAUUCCUCUAGCAAAGAGAGCACUCGGUUUCAGUUGCUCUUGAAUCAACUCUAGCCACUUGACGCCAAUUAGGAGAACAAUUAGAGCAUUAUCCUCGAAUAACAAACACACACAAUCCGUUUCUAUUCGCGAGGCUAGCGAGAUGAGAUUAAUUAAAAAAUAAAAUAUCUUGCAAGGGAACAUUGAAAACAUUUCAAAAUUGUUGUAAAUAAUUUCAUUAAAUCAUUAAAAAGCUAUAUUUUUAUUUUUAAAUUAUCGUUAAUGUUUCAAAAUAUUUCUUUAUUUUAUGUAUAAAUAAAUUAAAUAAGAAGAAUAAAUAAUCAUAACCGUCCUUUACCAUAAAUGGUUGGGCUUCUUUUGAUUAUUAAUUAUAUUCUGUUGAAUGAGAAGAAUUUAAUAAAUAAUAUUUAAUUUAUUAUUUUAAUAAUUCACAUUCCAUUCAGGAAAGUUCUACAUAAAGUUUUUUUUAGUUUCAAACCUCCAGAGAUAUUAUUAUGCUAAAUAAGAUUGCUUCUUUUGAAGGUUAGUUUUUAAUAUAAAUAUUUCUAUUAUUUCUAGAUCAAACUUUUCAAUGCUCCCUUGUAUGUUUAAAGAAUUAGUAAGCAAUUUAUAGGAGAGUUCCGAUGAUGACAACGAGUGACGUUGUCAGCGCAGUUAUUAAAAACAAAGUAACAAAAGGAAAAAAACACUCGAAAUGCUCAAAUAUUGUAACUCGGUUUUACGAGAUUUUACCGCCCAAAAGUGACUGACGUGUAAAUUGUAAAUGUAUGUUUAAACCGCAUAAUUUAUCCCCCUGCUAUUCAUUCGUGCUGGAUUUAAGAAAAUUGAGAGAUAUAAAAAUGGAUAAAAAAAAAAUCAAAAUCUACAGCUAAUUACUUGUUGAUGCUCCUUCGUUGGUCGUUAAAGUGUCUCGUCGUUCCAUUAUACGGCAAUCUGGGCGCGUGUUUACGUACAUUGGCUUUUAUUGCCGGGCAUUAAGACACGCGAAAUUUAUCGUCCCAAAUGCGCAUUCAAUACUAUGUGUUUUGUCUGCCGGUCUGUGUUACUUUUAUUAUUUUCCAAUAUUCUCUUUCCCGGCUAAAAAAAAGGGAAAGAAAAACCAAACUCAUUCAGCCAAGUUGAAUCUGAAUUUAAUUCCGACGACUCGAGACAAUCGAUAAACAUAACAUGGGAAAAGAGUCGUCUUCUGUAUGAUUUGAUCGGCUUUUUCUUCCGAUAAGCGAAUAGAAAAAAUGCCCUCUAUUUCGAAAAAGCAGGAGAAUAAAAUAAUAAUAAAGAAACGAAUCGAAUAACGAUGCUAGUGGAGCGAAAUGAAUAGCAAGGGUUGUGAUCACGUGCAAAUAAAAUGAACAAAAAGAGCAAAAACUAUAAUAGCUGCUAAGUAAAAAAGUAAUAAUUUGAGAGGACAACGUGUAAAAAGACGACAAACGACGAAACAAUAAGAAAAUUUAAAACAAAGCUAUAUCGUACCGAGAUCAAGAGUUGUUAUAAAUAAUAAUGAAAAUGAGAGCCAGCUCACAAGAAACAAAUUGUACUAUCUAUAUAUAUAUAUAUAUAAAAAUGGAAAAUUUAAUAUCAACCGCUGAAUUGAUGACUUUGUGUUUGAUCUCUCUUCUUGCAUUUAUGAUUAUUAUACAACUGUUAUUACACAGAAUACCUUGUGUACAUAUGGAAA